AUAAGCUUGGGAAUCGUUUGAGAAGGAAACUAAAAGAAGCUCUGAUACCCAAAGAAGGAAAGGAGAAAAAAAAAACCUGUGGGGGGGGGGGUGAGGCAAGGGGAGGAGGAAGAAGGGAGGAGGAGUGCAGGGAAGCUGGGGAGGAAGGGGACGGGCACUGGUCGUAGGACCUAAUGCAUUGCAAAGUACAACAGUGCGGUGAUGGGGAAGGAGAGAAGAGCAUAAUGAGUUCUUUCCAGGCCCUCACUCUGAAUGAAGGCAGAGAAAAAGUUCAGAAGCCACAAGAGGGGCCAAACCCUUUAUAUCCCCAGGAGGACCGGACAGGAUCUUCAGUAAAUCCAGCUAGCAAUGAUAACGGUUUGCUGCUGCAGCUGCCCUCAUUGAGGCGGUGGCUGCUGCCUCUGCUGCUGCUAGUGUUGCUGUUGCUGCUGCCGCCACCUCUGCUGUUUCUGCUGCUGCUGCUAUUUCUGCUGCUGGUGCUGCUGCCCCUACUGCUGCUGCUGCUGGUGCUGCCGCUGCUGGGGCUCCUGCGUUACUGGGAGAGAUUGUGCCGCUGCGACAGGGGAGGACGAGGCUAGUAGCUCAAGGAGGCUCCAACGCGCAGGCGCUGUUGGAGCCACUGACUAGCUCCUCAGUCAAGGGCUUAUUGGGAGCUCCUUGUCUGGAGAGCAUUUCAAGACUGAGGGAAAUCGGGCUGCGAACCACCAAGAACAGCUCCCUUGCAACACAGAAGCGAUUUUUCUUCCCAUCUCCGUAUGGAAGAAAGGAGGAUGUAUGACUAGACACCAAAUCAGUUCUUUUUUGUGGAUUACAUUUGCAGUAAGAUGUAUGGAUCUAUCUCUUCCUUGUUCUUAUAUAUAGAUCAUGAGACUUGACUGAGGCAAUAUCCUUAGCAUCCAUCCAUCUAUGGCGAACUAUAGCCAUGCAGCUGACAACAUUUUGCAAAAUCUCUCUCCUUUAACCGCCUUUCUGAAACUGACUUCCCUGGGUUUCAUAAUAGGAGUCAGCGUGGUGGGUAACCUUCUGAUCUCCAUUUUGCUAGUCAAAGAUAAGACCUUGCAUAGAGCUCCUUACUACUUCCUGUUGGAUCUUUGCUGCUCAGAUAUUCUCAGAUCUGCAAUUUGUUUCCCAUUUGUAUUCACCUCUGUUAAAAAUGGCUCUACCUGGACUUAUGGGACUCUGACUUGCAAAGUGAUCGCCUUCCUGGGGGUUUUGUCCUGCUUCCACACUGCUUUCAUGCUGUUCUGCAUCAGCGUCACCAGGUACUUAGCUAUAGCUCACCACCGCUUCUAUACAAAAAGGCUGACCUUUUGGACUUGUCUGGCUGUCAUCUGUAUGGUGUGGACCCUCUCUGUAGCAAUGGCUUUUCCCCCAGUUUUAGAUGUGGGCACUUAUUCAUUCAUUAGGGAGGAGGAUCAAUGCACCUUUCAACAUCGUUCCUUCAGGGCCAAUGAUUCCUUGGGAUUUAUGCUGCUCCUUGCCCUCAUACUCCUAGCCACACAGCUUGUCUACCUCAAGCUGAUAUUUUUUGUCCACGAUCGAAGGAAAAUGAAGCCAGUCCAGUUUGUAGCAGCAGUCAGCCAGAACUGGACUUUUCAUGGCCCAGGAGCCAGUGGUCAAGCAGCUGCUAAUUGGCUGGCAGGAUUUGGAAGGGGCCCCACACCACCCACCCUGCUGGGCAUUAGGCAAAAUGCAAAUACCACAGGCAGAAGAAGGCUGCUGGUCUUAGACGAGUUCAAAAUGGAAAAGAGAAUCAGCAGAAUGUUCUACAUCAUGACUUUUCUCUUCCUCGCCUUGUGGGGCCCCUACCUGGUGGCCUGUUACUGGAGAGUUUUUGCAAGAGGGCCUGUAGUUCCAGGGGGAUUUCUAACAGCCGCUGUCUGGAUGAGUUUUGCCCAAGCAGGAAUCAAUCCUUUUGUCUGCAUUUUCUCCAACAGGGAGCUGAGGCGCUGUUAGCACAACCCUUCUUUACUGCAGAAAAUCCAGGUUACCAAGGGAACCUUACUGUGUUAUAUGAGGGAGCAUCUGUAAAUCUUUAGCCUUGUGAAACACUACCCUUCUCUGCUAAGCAAUUGUGGCCUGUAGCCAUAUCUUGAGAAGAAAAUCAAGAAUGGGAUCAGCAGUUGUAAGGAUUUGGGCAACAUUCUGCAGUCCUUGCAUUAGCUCACCUAUAAUCCUAUUUUAAACCUAAAAGUGUUCCUGCUGACCAUUGGUGAAGGUUUGUAAUUAAGAAAGGACUGAACCACUGCCCUAAGUUUCUCUAUGUGGUUGAAAUCUAGAUCCUGAAAGUAGCAGGUGCUAAGUAUCAGUGCUAAAUGCUGUGUAUAUCACUACAUAAGAUAAGACCAUCAAAAAAGAUUAGCAUUGGACAUCUUAAUAAAUUAAGUUGACAUGAGGUAAAUGUGUUGAUAAAAAAACUAAUUUUAGAAGUUUGAAGACUUUGAAACAUUUCAUACUCUUAUUGUUUUUGCAAAGACUAAUUACUGGGGGACUUAAAGUACUGUAAUCAACUAAAGAUGUGCCAUGCAUUAUUGGAUUAUCACACUUAAAAAUCUGUUUGCCUUGUAAGUUUUGGGGAGCAUUCCAAAAGCAGGAUUUUGGUUCCAAUUUGAGUUAACUUCCCACCCCCAAAUGUGUUACUGUUUCUAAAUGCCAUUUUUCCUACUGGUAAAAAAUACUAGCAUUGGACUAUGUUAUGUAGCUUUUUGUUGAUUUGGUAAAAAGGUUUACUCAACUCAUUUUAUAUUUUGCAAAUACUAGAUAUCUGUCUGGUAGGCAACAUUAGUGGUAAUAUCCAGUCAUAAUUGAGCAUAAUACAGAACAAACACAUGUUGCCUUAUAGGGUUAUCUAGUAUUUUCCAUUUUAUUUAUCAUUGGAGCAAAUAGGCAAGGAAAAUUGAAUCUGUAAUUCUGGUCAGUCAUCUGGGAGUGCAUGAAAGAUCACUUAAUCCUCUCUUUCCUUUUUCUCCCAUGGUUUGAAAAAUUAGGGUGCACAUCAUUGGGAUAAUGUGAAUCAUUUUUUUUAAGGUGUGCUGCCCAUUCUAGUUUGUUCUGAGAAACACAGGCAGUUGAUGUAUGUUUAUAUUUUGAGUCAGCUGUCAUGGGGAGACCACAGCCUUAGUAUGAUAUCUUGCACAAUUUGUGGAGCAUUUAUUCUACUGAAGGCACAGUCUUGUUUAUACUUUCUGCACAUUGGGUGUAUUGGUCGUUUUAAAUUAUUUAAGUUUUAACUUGUGAAAGCUUAUAAUAUGAUUUCUGGUAUUUUAGAAAUACAUUAGAGUCUGUGAGUCUCAUUCUUUAAGAUACAGAUGUGUGAAUUUCAAUAUAAAGUUGCAUUUGCCAAAAUUUACCUGUGUAGCCUGUUAAUUUUCUUGGAAUAAAAUUUUAAUUUUUUUAAAACUUACAUUAAAAAAAGUUUAGUUAGGAAGCACAAACUAGGGAGAUUAUAGAUGUGUUAUGGCUUGUUAUUUUCUGUAGUUGCUAUAUUCCCAAAGUAUAAAUAUAUGAAUGAUGAGGAGCACAAAUCUGAUAAAUGACAUCAUCUUCAAUUGCACUGUUGUGAGGUUUACUAUAAUUAACUCUCAUCCUUGUUCUAAUAGGACAUUUCUAUUCAAAGGUGCAAACCAAUAUACCUAGUUGGCUAACAGUUUUGAAAUAAGCACCACAUUUUAAUUUUGGAGAGUAGUUACAACUUGGCACCAUGAAUUUGAAGUCUAUAAGAAGCACAACCUACAAUAAAAAUCUGACAAAUCAAAACCAUUUAUUAUUUAUUUUUUGUGAGAUUACUAGAAAUUAUAUAGUGCUUGCCCCUUUCAUUGUACAGUAGUUUUGUAUCCACAAAAUUAUUAACUAUAAAAUGAAGACAUCACUAGAAUUCUGAAAAGUUCAUGCUGACCUAGAAUAAUAUAUGAAACCAUCCAGAGUUUUGUUCAUAUAAGAGCAAAGAAUUCAAGCAGUGAUUUAGUGAGCAAUCUGUUUGACCUCAUUUUCACUUCAUACCAAAGUUGAUUGGAUCUGAGGCAAAAAUGAAUAUAUUACAGUGAAAUGAAUCUCAACAUAUAAAUAAUGUGCUUCAUUGGUAUAAGAACUAGACCUGAGAUUUCAGUGGGAUAGGGCUCUCCCUGAUGAAGACACUGUCUCUAUCAAUGCAGGUCAACAGCUUAUUGGUAACUUAAAGUUGUCUAGAGUAGGGCUUCUUAAACUUUUUCUACUUUUUGCCUGAGAAAUUUUUAUGCAACCCUGAGUAUAUAUGUAUAUAAAAUAAGUAUACAUAACCUUUUACUGUUGCCAAUUUUUGUGACCCCCCACAUUCAGUUAUGUGACCCCCAUAUGAGUUAACCUGUGAAACUGUUAAACUUAAACUGUCACAGUUUAAGAAGCUUGGAUCUAGAGCACUUACAAGUGAAGUGAUUUGUCCAGGGUCAUACCACCAGCAUGUCAAAAUUCAUUCCUUGGUCUUCCUAGUUUGGAGAUUGGCUCUCUAUCUAUUAUAACAUGCUGUCUCUCUAAUUCGAAUGAGAAUUGUUAAUAUCAUGGUCUGAAACAUAAUGAAGGACUUUUUGCCAAAGGAAAGUUAUUUUGAUUACAUUCAAUUUCAAAAUGAAAGCUUUUCAUUGGAAAAAAAUAAUUACAGUGAUUACAGCUAUGGAGCACCUUAAGCAAGCAGACUUUUAAUCAUCCCUGGCAACUUUAGCACCAUACUACCUCCAUGAAGGAUGUGGAGACCAGGAUGUUAAUAUCCAUUUCAUAAAGGAGAAAACUGAUAUACAGUUCAAGACUAAAGGAGCUAAACAAACAAGCAAAAGAAUAAAGGAGCCAAGGUCUGAGCACUUGAUUUCUAAUAUAUCUCAAGAUAUCCAGCUUUGCUUCCCAUAUAUGAACAUAUAUUCUUAUAAAUAAACAUACAAGAAAAUUACAAACUUGAAGCCACUUAAAUUUAAUGUGUACAAUUGUUACUUGAACAUAAAAAUAAUUAGACCAACAUUUGCAGAUCAGGUGCUGAGCAAUGGAGGUCAACACUGUUUGUAAGUCAUCAAAAUAACUGUGAAAGGCAAUGUGACAUAGUGCACAGAGCUGGCCUCAAAGCCAGGAAGACCUAAGUUCAAGUUUAAUCUUUGAUACCCUGACUGUGUGACCUUGGACAAGUCACUUAACUUCUCUGGGCAGUUCUCUAAGACCACAGGUUAUAGAAUAAGUGCCAACAUGCGUCGAUAGAGGGAGUUUACUUACUUGAGAGUUCCCUAUACCAAUAAAAUCAUAUAUCUGGUCUCUAUCCCUUCCCCCUGAGAUAACUAAAGUUUCCAGAAUACAAAUGGUUGGUCUAUUUUUGGUUUCUUAAUGACAAAUUCAGAUCGACUGGCCUUCCAAUUGAAAGCUCAACUGUUGUGACAGUUGGAAGUAACUGAUUUAACAUGAAAAUGAUCUAAUCAGGGCAUCUUAUAGACAUAGCCCCAGUGCUUUCUAACUGCUCAAUGGGAAAGGCACAUGUUGUCAACAGUAAUGAUGUGCUGUGCCACAUAUACUAACUCACCAUCUGUAGAACCUGUGCUUUGAAUUUCUAGUAGCAAUGAUUAGUUUGCAUUGAUCCACCCACAUACUUUGUGCCCAAUAGGCUAUAUUUGUGAGAUAACUGGCUAACAUUAAGAGCAUAGUCUGUGGCCAUGCAAUCUUAUCCAUCAAUUAAUGGAAGCACAAAGAGGCCUAUUGCCUUGCUUGAGUCCCCAAAUAUGAUGACUAUGCAAUGCAAAGCAAAUGGUUGGAGAUGGAAAACACUGUUUGAACACCUGAAUUUCUAAAGAGAGAAAAACCUGAAUUUCCAAAGUUUUCCCUCUCUAUUGAAUUUCAGCCUAUUGUAUUUUGGUUGUAGUUGGUAAGAUCAGAUUCUAUUACCAUGGAGAUUGAUUUGUACUUGCUAAUCAACUAUCUUGUCUGCUCCUUCUCUUGCUUCUGCUCUCUUGGGUACAAAAUGAUUAGCUUAUACUUGAAUAACAGACAUGGUAUUCAUGGAUAUGAGUCAGUCUCUCCUCCCACUUUCCUUGGAUUCCCUUCUAUGUCUUUUCUCCCAUGUCUCCUUACGGCUUCCUGAGAUGCCCUUCAAAUCAGUUUCCCAUCCACUCUAACACACCAGUUAGGCAAUCAAUUAUGACAUGAUUGGGUGAAUUGCCUAUUGUGGGCCUUUAAGAUUGUCACUGGAAUGAAUGAAUGAAGGGGAAACCACCAACCACUGAUUGUUGAUCUUUUUGCCAGCUGUAUGAAAGAAGCACAGUAGAGCCAAGAGGAUCAGAGACUCUCUCACAGUCCUGGUUGUCAGUUUUAAGAAUAGCUAAGUCUCUUGCACACUUAACUGAGAUGUAAAUUUGUCCCUCUUUCCCCUCCUUCCUCACCUCCACCCUCCUAUCUCCAAAUAUACUCCCACACCUAUCAGGAUAGCAAGACCUGGAAUUCAUAGUGUAUUUGUGGUUAAACAAGGAGGCCAGAUUGUAUUUGGGAUGUCUAAGCUUUGACCAGAUUGUGAAGAAUGGAUAGAGGUUCCUGGAAGAAUUCCCCUCUGGUGGCAAUAUGGAAUAUGGCUUUAUUUCUAGGGUGUGAAACAAAGGCAGGAACAAUUAUAUGAUUGUGUUAGUGGUUUGGCAUAGUAAAAAAUAGCUACCUCAUGAAUGUUUGUUUUUGUUUUUGCUUUUUUAAACCAGCCCUUAGUUGGGCACUAAGUACUUUUCCCUUACCCACUCACCCCCUCCCCCCCAAAAAAUCUGGCUUGGCCUGCAAAGUAUGAUUAUAUUGAAAAUACAAUAGAUCACCUUUAUGGUGCUGGUGUAGGAGAGUGGAUUAAUUCCAACUUUAUAAAUAAUCAUUGUGUUUUGAGGGGGAUAUACUCAUGAGAAAUCAGAAGCCAUGUAGUAAUGAAGUCUUACAAUGGGAUUCUUUGAUAAUUUUUAUGGCAGCGUGACCCGUAAUUCAGAGGGAAACAUAACAAAACUCAGCAUGUCUAUGCACUCACCAUGAGCUGUCCCCAUUUCAUUCAUAACAUAGCUUUCAUUCUUACUAGAACAGAGUGGCUGGUAUAGAAUUCAUUAAUUCCAUAUGAGGAAGAAGAAGAAAAUACAGGUAAGAUGAUAAAUGUUAAGUUUUAUAAAGACUAGCUAAAUACAUUUAUCCAGGUAGAUGCUUACCAGAGUUGCAGGUUAUUUCUGGUCCCAGCAUCCUAGAAAGGGGUCCCCCGCCCCAUGCCAUGAAUUUUGCGUUGGCAUUUUUUUGGCAUUGUACAGAUACAUGGUUUGAAUUGAAACUGCAGGAAUCUAUUAUGAAAAUGGUUUAUUUGCUGAGAAUGUUUGCAUGCUAGUUUCUGGGGCUUUUCUAUUUCUUUCUGAAACAUUCUGACAGUAAAAUAAUACAGCUCUUUAAUGUUGAAGGCCAUUUUCAUGACUAGCCAGAAGGUUGUAUAUAAAUGAAUAAUCCAGCUCAUCUGACUCAACUGGGGUUUUUUAGCCAUCCAUCAAAAUAGUCAUACUGGUUUGUUGAAAAAGACACAGGUUCCAGGUAAUAGAGAUUUGUUGUUAAUAAGAAUGAUGUGGAGAAAGCUUUCUGGAUAACCUUUUUAACCCUGGCCUAUAAUAAUUAUAUCUAGACAGAUGUAAUAAAAUUUUAAAAAUAUUUCAAUUAAAUUCAACAAACAUUUAAUAAGUGCUAUGUUCAAGGCACUAUGCUAAGGUAAUGGGGAUACAGAGAUGAAAAUGACAUGAUCCUUGAUUUCAUAGAGCUUACAGUUUAAUAGGGAGAUGAGAUGUAUAUGCAAAUAAUUAUAAUACCAGAGUGGUAAUGGGAGAUUCAAGAAAGAUGAGAUCAUUUUUAGCUGAAGAAUUUCAAGGAGGAGAUGAUGUCUGAUUCAGGCCAUGACGAACAAGGACGUUUUCAAUAGGUUGAGGGGGAAGAGGGGAGGGGACCUGUUUAAGGUAUGGGGGCUGACAUCUGUAGUAAAUGUAUAGAGUCAGGAGAGGGCAAUAGGGUCCUCAGGAAUGGUAAAUAAGUACUUAAAUUGAGCUAGAAUUUAGAGUCAUCUAGAGCAGUACUUCUGAAAUAAGAUUGGAAAGACACAGUCAUGUUGUUAAAGGCCUUGAAUGACAAAAUAAGGCAUUUAUAUUUUGUUCCAUAUUCAAAUGGGGAGCCACUCAAAGACUUCAAGCAAGCGAAUGUUAUUUUGAGACCUAUGCAUUAGAAAGAUUACUUUGGUCACAGAUGGAUUAAAGAGCCAAAACACCACAACUCUUGGCAAGUAAUUGGACAUAAGAAGCAAAGGAGAGGAAAAAGUCAAAAGUGACUAUGAGUUAUCUGGCCUGAAUGACUGGAUGAAUCAUGGUAUCAGCAAUAGAAAUAGUGAUGUUAGGAUUAAGGGUGGUUUUUGAGUGAUGAAUAAUGAGUUUUAUUUUGUAUGUGCUGAGUUAGAGGCAUUGGUGGGAUUUCUAGGUGGUGAUAGCAAGAAGAGAUUAGGAAAUGCAGAACAAAAAGUCAGGGAGGAGAAAAAGACUAGAAAUGGAGAUUUGGCAAUUGUUUGCAUCUAGUUAAUAAUUGUGUAACGAUUGGAAUGACGCCACCUGCUGGAGACUUACUGUAGAAGAGUUCCGCCCAUGAAGCGAAGGUCUUUGAGGGCAAGACCAGGAGUCUUUUCUUUGGCGUCAGGAAGUGACG